AGAACAUGUCUGUACACGUCAACAUACAAUUAACGGUCAAACACUAGAUGUCUCAUUGGUUGAGGAACUUGUUUCUGCGCCUAAUACCAUCGAAGUUAGUGGAUUUGCACCCUCGAUUGGAGACGACAUGCUGGGGAUGUAUUUUGAGAGCAAGAGAUCAGGUGGAGGAGAAAUAAUGGAAUCUAGAAUGCAUGAAGACAGAAGUAAAUUCACUGUUACUUUCGCAGAUGAAAAAGUUGUGGAUAGACUUUUGCAUCGUGAUCAUGUAUUGGAUAAAACUUCCUUGAAAGUUCAGCGUCCACAAAAGACAUGGCAAUACAAACAGCACGUGGACAAAUCAGUAGUGGAAGUACGUGGAGAUACUUCUACAGAGUUAUUACAAAUGUAUUUUGAAAAUAAAAAAUCUGGAGGUGAUGGCAGAGAAGUCAAGGUUGUGUAUCAUAAAAACAAAAAUGUAUGGACUGCGAAGUUUGACAAUCAAGAAAUUGCUGACCGAGUUCUUAAAAAAACUCAUCAACUGAACGGCAAAGAUAUCAAGGUUUCAAGACCGCAGCCAAAGCGAUUUUUUCCAGGUAAACGCAAUAUAGCUGAUAGAGGUAACAAACAAGAGGAAGAAGAAAUAAUUGCAUUGGAGGUGGAAAAUGUGAAUCCAUCGAUAUCCGAAGAAUUUUUGAGGUUCUACUUUGAAGAUAAUAAAAAGUCUGGUGGAGGACCAAUUGUUUCAAUGCAGAAGAACCAAAAAAUUAUUGGUAACUGGACCAUACAAUUUGAAGGAUCUGGAGUCGCUCAGGAUGUUGCUAAGCGGAAACAACAUGAGCUAAGCGGAUCGAUAUUGAAUGUUAAACUGGGAAAGAAGCGUGCCAGGAGACCGCUCGUUAAUCGUUUUCUGUUGAUAAGUGAUCUUCCAAAAAAAUUAAACCCAGAAAUAUUUAACCUUUACCUUGAAAAAGUGACAAGAAAGUACAAACCUAAUAUAAAAUUUGGAAAGGAUCCCUCCAAGGCCAUGGUGGAGUACAAAGACCCAAUAGAAGAUAUUGAUGAUGUGAUCGCCAGAAUUGAGGAACAACAACUUCAGUAUACGAAAAUCAACGCAAAGAAAGUGUUUGAAGUUGACACAAUCAUUGUGAAAAACUUUGACAUGAAUUACACAGAGGAAAUGUUCAGGCUAUAUUUUGAAAAUCAUGGCAGAAGUGGUGGAGGCAAAAUAUAUGAUAUGCAAUUAGACGAUAAACGGUCGGAAGUAACUAUACAGUUUGAAAACUACGCAGUGGUGAAAUCAGUCUUAAAACAGAAGCAGCAUCAACUUCAGAAGAAAGAUCUGGAAGUGUGCCUAUACUAUGAUGAAAUUGGUGAAUUUGUAUCAGAUGGUUGUCAAUGGAAACCAGAUCCAGUCUCUAUUCCUGUCGAUCCUUACCUUUCUACAUUUGCUCUUACGACACCGAAUUUCAAUGACAAUAUGUCUAAUGCUGGAAUAGAAAUAGAACAUAACCCUGAUGAUCCCUACAUUUUGAAAUUGCAUGCUUCUGAAGGCUUGGACCUAAAUAGCAUCUCUGUUUGGGAAGAUUAUGCAGCAAGUAAUUUCAAACGAUUCUUUAGUGAACAAUUUCACAUAAAAACCUUGGACAUUGGAGAUGAAUGCUUUGAAGAUUUUCAGAAAUACUUGAAUGAGAAUGAGAAGAAUACUAAAGAUGUAAAACUACUACCAAAUGAUUCGUCGCCGUCUCUGAUGAUUUUAGGGUUUAAAGAUGCUGUCAAGUCGGUUUGGGACAGGCUCUCACAAGAACUUAAGAAAAUGAAAGAUGAAAUCGAGAGAAAAAAGAAAACAAUAACGGAAAGAAAACAAUACAAACCAAUAAAAAUUAAGCAAAUUCAUUUGCUUAGGUUUGAGGAGGUUGCAUUGAGUAACUAUGGCGUUACAAUGACAGUUGAUGAACACAGCAAUAUGGUAUCAUUUGAAGGACUUCGUGAAGACGUAAACAGUGCCAUCCUUGGUCUUUACAAAGAACUCGAGAACUUUGCAGAAAUUUCAUUUCCUCUUAGUGCUGAAAUUUGCCAAUUUCUGACGGACUGUUACGAUAAGAUCAUAAGUGUACAUGCGGAUAAUAAUCUUUAUAUCACAUACGAAAUUGAUGGAAACCGAGUAAAAAUAUAUUCCACUUCCAAUGAUGAUGCCAUGACUGCAAAAUCCAGCAUUGUGGGAAUGAUCAAACAUCAUGAGUAUCUUCUUCCAAGUGAUAAACUGAAAGUAAUGAACUCGGUUGAAGGAAAACAACUGCUAGUUGAUUCAAAUUCCCCAAAUAUCGUAACAGUUCAGGUAGUUGCUCAUAAAGAAGCUGCAUCUUGCAUUAUGAUCACUGGAUUUGACAUGGCUGUCAGAAAAGUCAUCAAAAAUGUUGACGAAUUUCUAAGUACCAACCAAAUUAUGGAGAAACGGAAAGUCUUAGAAAGAGGGAUGGUUCGGUUGCUUGAAAAACACCAUUCAAAAGCGCUAGAUGCUAUUGAAUCAACAUUGAAGAAGUACUUUGUACAAUUAAAGCCUAGCGAAAAGAACAACUGCAUUGUCAUUAGAGGUAAUCGGAGUGGUAUCGAUGCUGCUACGGAGAAAAUAGUUGGCCUAGAAAGCGAUGUGGUGAUAGGUAAACAUCUGAUAUCACAACCUGGAAUGGCUACUUUCUUCAAAGACGAUAAAGGCAGAAAAUCUCUAGAAUCUGUGGAAAACGACUGCAAAUGCAUUAUCGAGUUUGAUGGUGGUUAUUGCAACACCACUAAAGAAAAGCAAAUAUUAUUACGACACAGAUUAAAAAGUGGUAUUGAGUUAAUAGUAUGUAAAGAAGAUAUGACUAAAAUGAAUGUGGAUGUCAUUGUCAAUGCUGCAAAUGACAGACUUCAGCACGUCGGGGGUUUAGCUAAAGCUAUUGUUGAUGCAGGAGGUAAAGAAAUACAGAAAGAAAGUGAUAAAAUAAUGACAGCUCGUGGUAAUAGGAAACUUAUUACAGGAGAGGUUAUUGUAACAGAUGCUGGUAAUCUCCCAUGCAAAAAAAUUAUCCAUGCUGUCGGUCCAAGGUACACUGACCAGACAAAAGCGAAGUCGAAGCGUUUACUGAUGAGUGCAGUGAUGAGUGUAUAUGAAGAAGCAGAAAAACGUGGACUAACCUCAAUUGGAAUGCCUGCUAUUAGUGCUGGGAUCUAUGGUUAUCCUCUUAAAUCAUGUACUCAGACAAUUCUCGGGGCAACAAAGGAGUACUUUGAUGAAAAUCCUCGAUCAAAAAUCGAGAAAGUGUAUUUUCUAAGUGUUGACAUAAAGGUUUGCCAGGAAUUAAAAGCGAGCAUGGAAAUGGUUUUCCAAAUCGUUCAGAAGGACGAAUAUGUCGUAAUGCUUGAUGAUGAUGAUGGUGAUAAUGGUGAAUAUGAUAAUUCCGAUGAUGACUCCAAAGACCUCAUAGAAGCUGGUGCUGUGCAAGCUACCAGUAAAACAGGAUUAAAAAUAAAGAGUGACGUUGUAACUACAAGAGAGGGAUUGGAUAUACGGCUGAUCAAGGGCAAAAUUGAAGAAUCAAAGGCUGAUGUUAUUGUUAACACAACUUCACGAGAUCUAAACUUAGAUUCUGGUAAUGUUUCAAAAGCUCUCCUUAAAGCAGCCGGUAGCCAACUUCAGCAGGAGUGUGACGCAUUUAAAGCUGCUUCCGGGGGAACAAUUCCUCUUGAAGGGUUUGUUGAAACAGGCCCCGCCGCCCUCAAAUGUAAGAAAGUAUUCCAUACAUCAUCAAACCAGUAUCAGGGACAAAAAUCAAUACAGGAUAUGAGAAAAUUGCUACAGAUCCUUUUCUCAUCUGCAUCGGAUAUGAAAUCGAUUGCCAUUCCUGCUCUUGGUACUGGUAACCUAAAGUAUCCAGCUGAUGUCGUAGCAAAUAUUAUGUAUGAAGAGGCGAUAAAUUUCAGUUCAAAUCGUCCACAUAGCUCUUUACGGGAAAUCAAGUUUGUUGUUUUCCAUAAGGAUUCUAAAACAAUUCGGGCAUUUGAGACAGAAAUCAAAGAUUUGAAAAAAGGCGGGAAGAAACUAAAAAAAACACUUAAAUCAGCGGAUCGGAGUGUAAAAGGUUUACAAAAACAAAUUCAUCAUACAGAUCAGGCACCUUCACCGUAUGAAGGCUUCCGACGUGUAAAUGAACUGUGUGCAAAGAUUGAGGUAGCUGGUGUGACUGUAACAAUACUACAAGGAGACAUAACUGAAAAUGAUGCAGAUGCUAUUGUAAAUGUAACCUCGCCCGAUUUUGAUUUUAAAUUCGGAGCUGUUCCACGAGCAAUCCUUAAAAGAGGAGGAAAAAGUAUUCAAACAGAAUGCCAAAAAAAUAUGAAACAUUCUACAGUAGAUGAAGUGUGGACAGGUCCGGGUAAAUUGAAUUGUGAUGGGAUCUGUCACAUUCCUAAUAACUGUGACUUUAAACAAGUCCUUGUGAGAGUAUUGAUAACGGUGGAAAAAAUGAGAAAAAAAUCAUUGGCAUUCCCUGCUAUUGGCACAGGGGCCUCUAAGCCGCCAAGAGAAUCCGCCAUGCUCAUUUUGGAUUGCAUUUGUUCAUUUACAAUGAAGCAAAAACCGACCAACUUGCGAGACAUCAGAAUAAUUGUAUAUGAGAAGCCUAUGACUACUGAAUUUAUAUCUGUAAUGAAAGAGAUAGAGGGGAAACCAUUACAACAAAGAAAUAUUUUUCAGAAGGGGUUUGGGGCAGGAGAAGGACAGAUAGCUGAUGGCUCGUCUGUUGAUCCCACCGUCACCCUAAAAAUUCUGGCAAUGAACAAGGAUCAAAUACAAGACGCUAAAGGCAAAAUACAAUUAAUUAUAUCAACGGAAACGACGGAAAAGAUCAUACGUAAAGGAGUGUUAAAUCGAUUUACAAAACGGCAUAUUAGCAAGUUAAAAGAGAUUUGUGCCAAAUAUGAGGUUGAAGUAGAUGUGUCUAACAUGCAGUCCAACGAAGUUGAGUUGCGCGGCAGGACUACCAGUGUAUUGGAUGCCCAUGGGGAAGUCUUGGAACUCUUCAACAAGAUUCACGAAGAGGAAAGGGAACAGAAAGAAAAUGAGCUCAUUUUGAAGGAGGUUAAAUGGUAUUAUGCAAGUGAUGAAAAUGAUAUGGAAAAAUUUGAAGACGAAAUUGUGAUUUUGCUAGAAAAAGCUUACAGAAAGAAAGAGAAUAAAGUGAAGUAUGAUGCAAGUAAUAAUCACACAUAUGAAGUUGAUCUGAAAUUAAUGGAAGAAACAGAUUUGAAUUUUCAACGAACCGUUCCUGUUGUACGGAGAGACCUCUCUGAGAGUCAGAAUUUGCCUGUUACUUGGUCACCAAUGAUGGCAACAGAAAAAAUUAAAGUUGUUGACCUUAGCCAAGGUAAAGAAUACCAGGAUAUACAACAGCAGUUUGUGACAUCCUUGGCUGGACAGUUUACACAUCAAAGUAUAAAGAUUAGCCGCAUUCAAAAUAUUGAAUUGUGGAAGCAAUAUGCUGCCAAGAAAGAAGCAUUUGAAAAGGGAAUGCCUGGUCAACCGUUUGAAAGAGUUUUAUACCAUGGUACGGAUGAGUCAACGAUUGAUAAAAUUAAUAAUGGCGGUUUUAACAGAAGUUAUGCUGGAAAAAAUGCUACUAUGUACGGCGUAGGAACUUACUUCGCUGUUAGCGCCGGUUAUUCUGCACGUGACCAAUAUUCCAAACCAAAUGCAAAGAGAGAAAAACACAUCUUCCUGUGCCACGUUCUCGUGGGCAAGUUUACCCAAGGACAACAAGGAUUGUUGGCACCCCCACCACAACCAAACUCAAUUGAGACUUACCACAGCGUUGUUGAUAAUUUAAACACUCCUGGGAUUUUUGUCAUAUUCAACGAUGUUCAAGCUUAUCCCAGUUACUUGAUUACCUUUACCUAGUUUUACUUAAAGUAGCAUAUAAGGAACUCAGCACUAUUAAAAAAAAAAAAAAAUAAAAUAAUAAUAAGAGUGUGCUGAUCAAUUGGUAGGUUGAUUAAUCGAUUGGUGGCGCUGCUCCUGGCUACCGUGAGUUCACAUGAGUCUAAUCAGAAUUUCCUAUUUGAUAUUCAACACAGGAGCCAUAGUAUAAACUUGCACUUUACAGUUAAGCUUUGUUUUAGUAUUACAAUAGGCCUAUUUGUAAAAAAAAAAAUCUUUAGAAAAACGUUUAUUAUAAAUUCUCAUAUGUUAAGCCGAUAUCUUUGCAGUUCGAUUUUUUUUUUAAAUUAUUUCAUUUGUUUUCUACGAUAAAUGCAUUUAUUUGCUUUUUAAUUGUUUUAAAUGAUAAUAUUGAUUUAAUAUAUCAAGUACAAAUUAAUUUAAUUUGAUUGAAAAUUAAUAUUAGUAAUAAGGCCUAAUAAUAAUUAGACAUGUAAAAUGUAAUAUUUUCUCAUUUUCAUUUUGCUGUAACUUUGCAGUGACGGACUUAUUAUAGUCUUUUGUAAGAUGUAAGCCCGUAAAUAUAAACGUAAACGUGCUGUAAAAUAUUUAAUUUAAGGAUUUAGAUAUUAUUGGCUAUCAUUAAACUAAUUUCCUUCAUAAUUCCUUGUUCACUGUUGUAAAACUCUAAUUGUGGUUAUCCAGCCUGCUCUGAAUUAAUCACAAGAGGGCCAGGAAUACGGACUUGUUUCCAAAACGCAUGUGUUUGCGUAUAUUUACGCUGUCGGUAAAAUUCGAAGUGUUUCACAUUUGGAAUCGAUUGACAAAGGCGGCGUAGUUUAGCUUGCGUUUGCGUAACCCGUCUGAAUUUCUCUGACAUGAAGUGAACUAUAUAUAAACUGAAGGUUUUACCAUGCGUUGUUCGGCAGUAUAGUCAUUAUUUAUUGUGAUUAUUUAAGUACAUUAGGCCUAUUUUCGAGCUUUACACUCCGCAUGACACUCAAUGUUACUAAUGAAAACACGUCCUAGUACAUGGACCCCACAAUACAAGUACAUAUGUGUCAGUGUUUUUCUAGACUUGCACGUGUAUGUCUACUAUUAAUCUACUGUACGUGUGAGUGUUGUUUAGCUAAUAGCGCGUGGAAAACCGCUGGUUUAGGCCUACAUUAAAGAUGUACUCUCUGUCAUGGGCUAAACAAUUUAAUUUCAUAUUUAAAUUGCAUAAUAUGUAUAUUUAAGUAGGUUAUUGAGAGUUCAAGAUUAUCAGCAGUUUCACAGGUGUACAAACAGUACACUAGGGGAAGAGGGUAGACAAAUUUGUAAACUUUUACAUAUGCAUAAAAAUGUUGAUUCAAAAUAGCAUACAAUAUGUAAAAUUAUGGUAAAAUUAUAUUAUAUAAUGUAACCAUGGAUAUAAUAUUCAUUUUUAAGCAACUAAGUACAUUGCUGUAGUUGACUUCACAGAAAAAUGGAGAAUGGUUAUGCAAAAUCAACAUUUGUUUGUACAAUUCCAGAGGGAAGGGAGGGGUACCGAAUAAGAGUUAAUCACAAUUCAAAAUUUGAAUUAGAAACAAAAGAUCCCGUUCUAUCAAAGGACAGUUAAAUUAUACUUCCACAUGUACGGUAUUCUUUUGCAUAGACCCUGGCUGUAAAUUGGCUGGUGAUAAAUUUGAAAGGUUUUUUUGUAGUGAAAUAUGUAAAUCAACAAAAACUACAUACUUUUUUUAUGGUUUUUCUGGCUGGAAUUUUUAAACUCUCAUUGCUUUUACUUAACGGUAAUUUUGUUGUUAAAAAGUUUUAUUUCCAAAGGUCAAUUUGUCACUUGAGACUUUAACAAAAAGAUGGUCCCAGCCUCGAAUUAAAAGCCUUGGAAUUAAAGGAAGAGCUUUGCUUUGUUAGGAGAUAUGUGAUUAGUUAGUACUUUGGUCUCGAAUUAAAGUGGUCUCGAAUUGGAAGGUGAACUGUAUUACAAUUAGAAAGAUGUUUACAUCGUAAUGUUCUGUGUGUACGAGCACCGUGCUUCUUUAAGGCCUGUUUACACUAUGACGAUAACUAUCAACAAUAAAAAUCUAAAAAGCAAUUGUUCAUAUAGAAAACAAAAGAAAUAAGAGAAGUGUUCACGCUACCACGAUUCGAUAACGAUCGUGUGUACGAUAACAAAAUAUUUUCUCAAACCAAAUCGAAUGACGUCAUAAUCAUAGAUAACGUUAAAAUCAUAGCAUAAAAACGAUUUUAGCUAUUUAUUGUUGAUCGUUAUCGUCAGUGUUAAACAGGCCUUUAGGCGCUACAUGUAAACGCCUUCAUAUACUGCAGGACGUGUCAGUCUUCUUUUAGAUAAGAUCAUGUGACAAAUUCUCUCGUAUAUUCGCUUUCGCUAGAAUUAGUAUUUGCAUUAAUUUUGAUAAUAUAUAUAUAGUGGUUGAAAUUUGUGAUGAGAUAAAUGUUUUGUUUAAAUUGAAUUUAAAUAUACGCCUAUGAAUGUGCAUGAAACGCAAUGCAAUCAGAAGUGUAUUGACUUUACUGUAAUGUACUCUCGAUUACAGUAUAGGACCACUGAUUGAGGGCCACCGUAAUAUUCAUUUGAAUUAAAAGCUGUACGUGAUAA